UCACAAAAAUUCAAAUAGCCACUGUUGACCUUUCUUUUUUUGUAAUCUUUUUUUUUUCUUUUUUUUUACAAAGCGUAUGUUUAGAAUUGAUAAAAUGAAAGCAAAAUCAUCAGUGGACAGGACCGCUUCAAGUGGACAUAUUACCAAAAUCACCAACAGCAAUAAAGCGUUGCCACUAAAGUUACUUGACAACAAGGUCGGUAACUUGGGUAAUCGAGCUUUCAGAUCGAAUCCAUUGAAACAAACAACACAAGGCAAGAUUCCAGAGACAGCGAGAAGGAAACGAUCAAUCGAACCAAAGGUCCCUAUUAAGCAAUGGUGUUUAAAAGAUUUCGAAAUCGGAAAGCCUUUGGGAAAGGGAAACUUUGGACAAGCCUUUCUUGCAAGAGAGAAAGCCAGCGGAUUUAUCGUAGCACUUAAAAUGCUCUACAAAGAAGAAUUAGUCAUGAGCAAUAUCGAAAACCAAUUGAAGCGAGAAAUCAAUAUCCAAAGUCAAUUAAAACAUCCAAAUAUAUUACGUUUAUAUGGUUUCUUUCACGACGCAGAUAGAAUCUUCUUGAUACUUGAAUUUGCAGCCAAAGGAGAAUUAUUUGCCGAAUUACAAAAACAUAAACGAUUUUCAGAGGCAGAGGCAGCCAAGUACGUAGCACAAAUGGUGAAUGCAUUAACGUAUCUUCAUGGUAAACGGGUGAUUCAUCGUGAUAUCAAACCCGAAAACUUGAUGUUGGGAUUAAAUGGGGAAUUAAAGAUUGGGGAUUUCGGAUGGUCUGUCAAAACUGGUGUAUCAGAUAAUCGAAGAAGCACUUUAUGCGGCACAUUGGAUUAUCUACCCCCGGAGAUGGUGGAAGGUAGAGUGCAUGACAAAAAUGUUGAUUUGUGGUCGCUGGGUAUUCUCUUGUACGAAUUAAUCUGUGGAAGCCCUCCGUUUGAGUCUGAGGGAAAUGAAGAUUUGACCUAUAGUCGUAUUCUUGGAAUCGACAUCCAUAUACCAAGUUAUGUCAGCAAAGAUGCCGCUGAUUUAAUUACAAAACUCUUAAAAUACAGUGCAAAUGACAGACUCUCAUUAAAAGAGGUGAUGCACCAUCCAUUUAUGAAAAAACACAUCCACUUGUAAAUAAAUUUAAAACUGCGGACGCUAGUUUAUAAAUCUU